AUGUCAAAUAGUAGCGAUAUUUCGAGUGUUCAUAGUAAUGAAUCAUCUAGCAUAAAUGAAAAGCUGCAUUCUGGAUCAGAAGAAUCUAACAAAAAAAUAUUAACAACUUUUGCUGGCUUUGCAGGGAAUGUCAAUAACAUUCUAGGAUCUGGCAUCUAUUCAACACCUGGAAUUGUUUGGCAAACAGUUGAUUCGCCUGGUAUUGCAUUGAUUUUAUGGAUAUUUGGUGGGUUCAUAAGUUUAUGUGGGUCAUUAACUUAUGUCGAGUUUGGAACAAUAACUUUAGAAAGUGGCGGUGAAACUGGUUUUUUCAAGAAAGCAUUUCCUGAUCCAAGAUUGCUUGCGAGUUAUCUUUUUAGUUUUGCCUGGAUUUGUGCGAUAAGACCUGCAUCUUUAGGAGCGGCAUUACAGACCGUAGCACAAUACUUUCUGUUUGCUAUUAUACCACAUCCUCCUAAAGAUACAAAUGCAGAAAACUAUUGUCAAGAAUUAUACCAAUUUCAUCAACGAUUAAAUCCAAAUAAUGAAUGGGGAUUAGAUUUUUGGAUCUUAAAAAUUAUUGGAAUAGCGGCGUUGGCGAUUAUCACGCUUUAUCAUAUGCUUUCAAAUGGGUUGGCCAAUAAAAUCAACCAAGCAUUAGCAGUAGUUAAAAUGUUAACUUUGAUCGUCAUAAUAAUUAUUGGAUUUGUUCAACUUAUUAGAACAGAUAUCAGUAAACCAAAUUGGCAAAAUCCAUUUCAAGAUAUAGAAAAUCUUAAAUUACCAAAUCUUGCUAGCGCUUUGAUUUCAGUUUUUUUUGCAUACAAUGACUCUUUGGAUGAAUUCAAAGACCCCAAAGGGAAAUUGGUAUACAGUAAUAGUCUUAGCGUUACUGUUGUGACUAUAUUAUAUGCUCUUACAAAUGUUGCCUUCAUCACAGUUGUGAAGUCUGAGGAUGUAAAUCAACCUGGAAAAGAUUUCAAUGAAUUGAUAGCGGGUACUUUUGCUAAAGAAAUAGGCGGUGAAGAUUUUGCAAGAGUAUUAUCUUUCUUUGUUGCUUUAUCUGCUUUUGGUGCCGUAUCUUCCAUGACGUGGAGUGGAUCACGUGUUAUGGUUGAGGCUUCAAAAGACAAUUUCAUUCCAAUUUUUUCUGGAUUUUUAAGAAAAUUGCAUCAUAAAAGAUAUACACCAUACAAUGCACUUCUAGUACAAUUUGUCUGGUGUGUGAUGGUAUUUGUUAUUCUUGGAGGAGCAUUCUCUUCUGAUGCAUUCAAAUUACUAUCAGAUUUUGCCACAUAUUUUGCAUGGAUUUUUUACUUUUUUGCUAGUGUUGGUUUAUUGUGGCUUAGAUACAAAAAACCAGAAAUUCUUCGGCCAUUCAAAGUUUGGAUUGUAUUAACAGUCAUAUUUAUAUGUUCGGCAAUAUUUAUAAUUAUUGGUAAUGCAAUCGAAUUAGAUAUGCAACCAACACGUCUUACACCCAAUGCUGUUUGUCAAGAAGAUGCAAAAACCAUUAAAAAUUACAUAAAAUCAAUUAUAUGUAUUGGAUGUUUAAUUGUCGGGACUGGUUGUUG